GAAGGGGGAUUUCCAAUGUAAAUAAUAAACAAAUGCACGUGUAAUGCAUCAUUUUAGAGUUUUUGUGAUAAUCAAACGUUAUUACGGCAAAAAACAUAGCUCAAACCUUUGGUUAGAAAGGCAAUCUAGAGAUCCAUACGUUAAAAGGGCACGUGAAGAGGAUUGGCGGUGUCGAAGCGCAUUCAAGUUAUUGGAAAUUGAUGCAAAACACAAGUUACUGAAACCUGGUCAACUUGUUAUUGAUUGUGGGUGUGCUCCGGGAUCUUGGACGCAAGUUAUUGUGCAGAAGAUCAAUGCAAAUGAUAAUGAUAUAAAAUGGCCAAAAGGGACUGCUAUAGGCAUUGACCUGCAACAUGUGAACCCCAUCACCGGUGCUAUUUUACUAAGCAAGUGCGACUUUACCUCAGCUAUAACACAGGCUGAAAUUCUUCAGAAACUUGGUAACAAAAAGGCUGACUUGGUUCUUAGUGACAUGGCACCCGCUUGUUCAGGUGACAGAUCGAUGGACCAUGACAAAAUCAUUGAACUUUGUUCUUCAGUUAUUAGAUUUUCAACUGUGGUAUUGAAAAAAGAUGGAGCAGUUUUGUGUAAAAUAUGGAUGGGUGGACAGCAGAAAUUACUGGAAGAUGCAAUGAGAAAACUGUUUUUAAAUGUGAAAUAUGUAAAACCGAAUGCUAGUCGGGAUGAUUCUGCAGAAAUAUAUUUGUUAGCUCGAAAUUUUAAAGGAAUGACUUGAAAAAGAUAGAAUCAUGUCAUUAAAAAAAGUCACGAGUACUUUGAUGUAGCAGUCUUGACAUGUGUCAACUUUACGAACAUACAUUCUCCAUGAAAUAACCAACGGUAAUACAGGACAAGUUACACCACAAUUUAGAUAUUCUUCAUCUUAUAUUGAACCCAUUAAUGUAUAAUCUCGAUAUUCCAUUGAUGAACAGGAAUUUUAUAACUACAUAAUUAAGAAGAGCUUUCAAAUCGCUAUAUUUUCUAUAUACGAUCUUGCGUGUUUACUUAUCAUAUUGGGAUUUCUCAAAUAUAUAUAUAUGAAGGUUAUUUCAUGCACCACAAUCGUUAAAAAGCAUGUUCCCAUCAAAAUUCUAAUUCCGUUUUAUUGUUAUUAAUAAACCAAAAUUCUUGGUAGCAACUAAUUUAAAAUAUUAUGAAGGUUUAGAUAUUGUCUAUGUUUACUUUAAUACUUAAAAAAAACUUUUAGAAUCUCUAAAUAUUUGGAGAAAACAGGCUAUUUAAAAAAACUUUACUGUAAUAGAAAACUCGUUGACCCCCGACUUAGUCGUGAUUUCAAUAGUCAUUCAUUUUUGGCCCAUAUAUGACCCUAGAUAUCUUUUUUUCAAAACCCCCUUAGCUGAACUGUGUUGAGAGCUGGAAGUCCAAAGUUUUAUUUCAUUGUCCAUAUACAUUUUGUAAUGAAGUGCUUUUUUAUGAAACUGUAACAACUAUUCUGUCCUUCUUGGGGGAAAACUGACAAAAAAUAACCAAAAUCCGGUGGGGUGGGAGUUAUAUGGUUGCCACUAUGUCAAUAGAAUAUAGGCGUACACAGUAAUACGAUUAUUAUAAA